CUCAAAAAUUAUUUCUCUAGUGCUUCUCUGCGCUGUUUUACAACAAUGCAAUAGCGUGAAUGAGGUGUGCACAUUCUGGAAAGGAGUUUACUACCCGUCAUCAUGGCGAAGUUUAGUAUUUGACAGGCACAGCUUCCAAGAUUCGAAGCUUCUUUUCGCAGCGUGCGGCCUAUCGGCACACGAUAAAACAUGCAGCCUCGUUCGCGACAAAGACAAGCCAUUGCAAAAAGGCAAUUACACCUGCAACAUUGGACUGAAAUCAAACAUAAGAGGUGGUGUUCUCGGUGAACAUUUCCGUGUUGUGCCAUUCGGCGACGAGAGAGCUAUUUUAGCUUGGUUAGAGAGAACCAACACCGAAACUAGACUUGGAUUCACGAGUGUUAGAUUCAGCGAUUGCUCGAGACACGAAGUCAGAGUGAACGUCGAUCAUUCGUUCGAUGAUCGUCUCGUGCUCGAUAAUAUCCAUCUGUUGGCGUAUCAGAAUAUUUACGACGUAUUGUACGCCAGCACGCCACAGUGUGGAGACAACUAUUGCAAAUUGAGCGUUGACGUGGGAACUAAUAGAGUGAGUGAACCCACAGCUUGGUUCCCACUUGAUCGUAAUAAUCACAUUGUCGAUGUGAAAACACUUGAUUCGGCUGACAAAGGUGUUGUCGCCAUUGCAACUAAUAAUAAUGAGCAACGAUUCUUCCUUCUGCGAGGAAAUGAUACAAAAAUCUUGAAAGUCUAUAGAGCAUACGUAUCAGCCUCGGUUGCGUCGUCAACCUCCAACGAUUUGAUAGCAACAUGCCAUCUCAGCAGUAGUUCACUGAAUUGCGUGCAAUACGAUCAAUCGGGAUCGCCGAUUGUCGACUCUACCAAUCAGUUACAAGGCAACCCUCGUGUACUUGCCAUUCAUAAUCUACGUGGUGGUGCUGGUCUCCUUGUGCUUCUCAACGAUCAAGCUGACGAUCGCAUUUACGUCGUCAGGCUUGAUAUGAGAGGCAAGCCAGUUGGCAGAAUUGAGAUCAGCCAUUUCCAGUGCGAUCAGAAUCAGAAUGCCUUGGCGGGUAAUUUCUGGGAGAAAGACGAGCAAUAUUGCGCCUCUCUCGCGUGUUACGAGAACGACGAGGCGUCUGCAAGGAAAAGUGAUCGAGGACAUCUUAGUGCCACCGCUGAGUGUUUCCAUUUGAGAAGUCUUCAGACUGUUUCUUAAAUUGCUUUUCUCGUUCAUACGCCAAAUCAUGAAUAUGUAAAAAUAAUGGGAAUUGUCAUUUCUCGUUCUAAAUAAAGUGAACGAUUGCAUAUAUAACGCCCGCGUGAAAAAUCUAUUCAAUAUAAACUAUCCGUUUGAAAAGUUUACAAGUAAAAUACAAUGUUCCCGAGCUCAUUUCGUAAUUCAAACGCCGUGCUUAUGAAGUUAAUGAAAUACGUAAGAAUGUUAAAUGUUAGCGACACAGAUGCCUGAACUGAACGUGAAAAUCUUUAGCUUUUAUAAAUGGCAAUCAUUUACCACCGCUUUGAUAAAAUUUCCGUUUGCAGUUAUUUUGAGCUUCAAUUUUCUUAUUUGAGCGUCGAUAUAAAUCAGAAGUGAAUGCAUAAGAUCGUUUAGUUUCAAGGUGCGCGUCGUUGAGAAAAGUUUCUCCUGUAGGGCGGCUGCAGCACGCGGCUGCGAGCUUGCGCGUCCCCGGGGCCCAGCAGCAAGGAUUCCGAUUCGGGCUUGAGGUGGCGCAGAGAGAACGCGGCUGGUUCGACCGUGAUAGAAAAGCAGUCGUCCUUUACGAGCGCAACCUUCGUGACGAUUCGCGCUGAAAUGCCAAGCGGAGUCGAGCGGCGACGAAAUCCACGCGACGUUUCAUUCCAGUUGAAGAUGUUGAGGAAAUCGACUAUCAUCGCAUUUUUAGUGGCACUCUGUGUCACUCGGCUGCAUCUCACCGACGCAGCGAUAAGGACAAUUCAAAAUCCACAGAAUUUCCCGAACCAGCAAGUGAUGUUCGACAGAUACUCAUUCAAGGAAGGCCAUCUUAUCAUCGCAGUUUGCAACAAAGAGCCAACGCCAAAGGAGCGAAAUUGCACAGUUAUCCAGGAGAAAUACCCAUCUGAAAACUUCACACGUACGUGCAACAUUAGCCUUAAGGCCGAGCAAGAAAAUGGAAAAUUGAGUGAACAGAUAGGCGUUGCAACGUUCGGCGCUGACCGAGCUAUUCUAUUCUGGCAAGAACAAGGCACAGAGUCGAACUUUAAGCUUAGCACAGUGCAGCUGGCCACUUGCAAGUUCGCCGAAACCAAGCUUCUCGACUCGCCAACGCCCAUUCUCACUCAAGUUCUCAGUCAUCGUAAAAUUUUGACGUACGACAACUCGUACGAUAUAUUUUUCGAAGAUGAAAAACGAUGCAAUGACAAGGAGUGCAAGAUGACCGUCGAUGGCGAAGGGAAGGUUGUUGUCGGGCCUACGGCUCACAUGAAGAAAGGCGAUUACAAAAUUGGUUUCACUUCGCCCAUCGCCACUCAUUCGCCGUCUAAAGGAUAUACCUACAGUAAGUCUAAGGAAAACGAAUAUGCAUUUUGGAUCGUUAAACCAGAUGCAUCUGAAAAACAAAUUCUAUCGGCUAAGAAGCGCAACGCCGAAAAUUUCAUGUCGGCGAUUUACGACACCAUUGGAUAUUGUGCUCGGACAGAAUUUGAGAAUAAAUAUAUUACUUGCACGCAGUACAACGCCAACGGCGAUGUCAAAUUCACAAUGAACGUUACCGAUGUCAACGAUAAAACGAGAAUGUUGACAAUGCAUAACUCGCCCCACGGUGGUUUUUUAUUGAUGUUGGUGGAAUACGACAAAUGUGAAAAGGCCAAUUGCGUUGAUGCGAUCAAUCAUCAAGUCAUCAAAGUCAAUGGCGAAGGAAAGAAAGUUGGCAGUUUGAAAUUGCAGCCGUUCAAAAUUGUUGCAAGCGAGAAGAAGUUGGCGCAGAUAUAUGAAAAUGGCGAUGAAGAAUGCUGCGCGGCCUUCUUGAGUCAUCUUCAGAUCGAACCGAAUAAUUUCAAUGUCACUGUCGAGUGUUUCGCAGAUGCUGAUUUCAUGACCUAUUUUACAAAUCAGCAGAGUUCAUUUCAAACAUUGCUGUCAGUGCAGGUCACUUAUCCCCACGAACGUCACAUACGGAAAUUCACGUAUCUAGUAUGGCAAUUGAGUAUUAAAAGGGACUGGGCGAAAGAUCCAAACGUUAGUUUCAAUGUACGUGGAGUCACGGAGAUUUCUCCCAAAAAUCAAACAAUGUUAAAAUUACCGAAUGUCCUCGGUGUAAUCGCCAUAGUUGCCAUAGCGCAGUGCGACGAUGUUGUGGUGGCAAUGAAAGUCAUGCAAAAGUUACGCGAAUAUCCGAGUCAGGAGUUAGUAUUCAGUAGGCAUUCGUUCGUAGACGAGCGUCUGGUGUACGCAAUAUGUAACAGAACCACGGAAAGUAGCGACGACAGCAGCAGCAAGGGAGAGCGCAAUUGCACCGUUAUCCGUGAAAAAUCCUCGUUCUCGAACGACACCCAUAGGUGUGAUGUGAACGUAAAGGCCAAGGACGACAAUGGAACAAUUUAUCAGCAAUUUCAAGUGGUCCCAUUCGGCCGUGACAAGGCCAUCUUCGUCUCGGAAGAGAUUGUCGGGGACGGAGCGUUUAUCGAAUUGAGAACGAUACAGUUGGCCGAAUGCAAGGUUAACGAGAACAGAUUCGCCGUUAAUAUUCUUUACGCCCACGAGAUGCAUCCCGCGGUGGCGACUAUUUUGGUGGCGUACGAGCAUUCGUUCGACGUCUUCUUCGAGAAUACCAAGCAAUGCCGCGGGAAGUUCUGUCGGGCUACCAUCAAUUCCGAGGGUAAAAUCCUCAGUGGUCCUGCCGAAUCGAUUGAGACCAGUGUAUUCCCUUUUUAUCAUCCUACCAUCUUACCAUUGAAGAACCGCUCGCCAGACAAAGGCUUAUUUUACUUAGAUAGUAGGAACAGCACUCCACUCGCCAACGGUAUGAACGGUACUGUAUACACUAUUUUACAGCUUGAUGGAUCAAGAUUGACUCUCGGCUCAAGCGACGAAAUAAAACCAGGCGAUGCGGCUAUAUCAACAUCUCACAAUUUGAUUACCGUGUGCCACCUGUCAGAAAAUAUUAACAUCAAAUGUCUGCAAUACGACGUCGAACACAAAUUAAAACUCAAUGCAACCCUCCAUGGCCACAAUGAAAAAACUGAAUUCGCAUCGAUGUACAAUUUACCCGACGGAAGUUUUUAUCUGCUGCUAGGAGAGCAUGAAACGGCUAACGUACGGCUAUCCGUGACUAAAAUCAAUUCCACUGGCAAAAAAAUUGGCAAUUUGGUAAUAAUCGUGCCUAACUGCGAUCUAAAGACGAAUUAUCAAAUAUCACGGAUGUACGAAAACGAAGCUAAAGAAUAUUGCGUGUCGGUGGCAUGUUACAAUAAUUUCGAUUCGGAAAGGACUCUAAGUUUUUUGAGCGUAUCGGCUAACUGCUUCACUGAUUUGGAAUUCUCGGAAAAUAUUAAGAAAACGCCCAAAUUGUAAAAUCGAUAAUAUCAUUACAAAACUCAUAUUAAAAAGAUAAAUGAAUCUUUUUAUUACAUUUAUUACCAACUCCUGAACAAAUUUAAAAUUGUUUUAUACCCUGUAACAUUUCCAAAUGUAAAAUUUCAUAAGAAUUAUAAUUAUAAAUUCAACGAUUAGAUGUUCUAUGUUUGCUCGGUAAAUAACACGUAACAUCAAUAAAUAUUUAAGUCUACUAGUGAUGUCUAACGCGCUUCGCGCUCUCACCUUGUUCUUUGCAUUCAUUUUAAAGUAUGAAUAAAGAUCAAAACUUUUAUUGGCAAAGUUUGAAUUUCGAAAAUUCAGUCUAUAUUAAAUAUGCCUACAAUUUUAAAUGUAUAUAGCCGUCGAUAUUAUUUAUUGGUGAAAAUUAUGUAAUGACGUUGACAGUUGAUAUUCAUGAUUUUAAAAUGUUAUCAAUGGAAGUUUUAUAUAAGCUUUUAUCAUCCAAACUUAUGUAUUGAAAAAUCAUCACAAAAUUUCAAAAACACGAUAAAAAAUGUAAUAUAAGUUGUAAAAAUAAUGUUAUAGAUUUCUAUAAUAAUAUUGCGCAUCUCUCACGAUGUAAAUAAUACACUUCAGUAGACGUUCGCGAUAGUAAUUAGUGUAUCUUCAGUUAAUUUUUAAAAUAUUUUACACAACUAAAUAAGCAUAAGUGAUAAUCUACUCAUUUAUAUUUUGUUAUUGUUUAUUUUGUUUAUUCAAAGCUAAACUUUUGUAUGUAAAGCAAAUUUCAAUUAAGUUAUUUAUUGGAGUAUCAGUAAUUCUCUUUUAUUAUAAGGUUAGACAAUCAAAUGAAUGUGUAAUUCAUUCGUAAUCGUAUACCUAUAAAAAUAAUUAAAACUCUUAUUUUCAAUUGUUAAUAAUUAAAUCUCAUAGUAUAUAUUAAAUUCAUAUCAAGUAUACCGAUACAAUUUUUGAACUUUUAAUCUUUUAGGACUCUGCAGUAAUCUUUUAUGAUCGUACGUAACAUAUGCACCCGUACACACACACACACGCACACAUACGACUACGUAACAGCUGAUCACAUGACUAUCUUUCAGCCAAUCACAUCACGAAUAAAUUGCCUUCAUU